UGACAUAUUUAAUAACACUUUUGAGCGUUUUUUUUAAAUUAAUUUAAUAAUGCUUGUUAAAAUUUUGUUCAUAAUUAUUUUAAUGAAUAUUUUAUAUAAUUAAUUUUUGUAAUUAUAAUUUUCAUUUAUGUAAUGUUUUUUUAUAGAGAGGGUAAUUAUGCAGCAUGUCAGCUACCUAUUUUGGAUCCAUUCGAUCCAUUAAUGAUGAAAUUUAUUAAGGUGGAACCUCCUCUAGUAUGUGAUUUAGAAGAUGAUUGGGUAGUUGUUAAAGGAAAUAUUGCUCGCAUUACUGAAAAAGCUCGUAAAAAGUAUGGAGAUAUUCAGUGCAAGUUUAUUGAUGUUCUACGAGCCAAUGAAUAUUCCUCAUCAUUGGGUAUUGUAACUACAACUCAUACAGAGUAUAAUUUAGAGACAACUGACUUUUUUAGGGUGUACUGUGAGUCAGAGAAUGGUAAAAAUAGGUGGGAAAAUCGAAUGGCAGGUAUUCGCUAUGAUGAAGAUGUAAUGAAUAGAGCUGGCUGGGACCGUGUCCCUCAAGGUAGCUUAAAAUUAAAUAUUUUAAUGCUUGGUUUCGACUCGUUAUCACAUAUGAUGGUUCAGAGAAAAUUACCAAGGGUUUAUGCUAAGCUUCAAUCAAUGGGUGCACAUAUAUUAGAGGGAUAUAAUAUAAUUGGCGAUGGUACACCUCAAGCAUUAAUACCUUUACUGACAGGAAGAACUGAAUUAGAAUUACCUGAUACUCGAAAACGAAUGGGAAAAAAAGCAUCUUAUCUAGAUGUAUUUCCUUUCAUGUGGAAUGUAUUCAAAAAAUUUGGAUAUGUUACAGGUUAUGCUGAAGAUUGUUCUAAUGCAGGAGUUUUCACUUACAGACUAAAGGGUUUUGAUCAACAACCAACUGAUCAUUAUUUACGAACUUAUUAUGUAGAUUCAACACCAAUGUUUGAUAAACAAAAGCCCUUUUGUUAUGGUUCUUUACCUAGGCACAAAAUAAUGCUAAAUUACAUUCAAGAUAUGUUUAGGGUUUAUGAAGAUAAACCAAAAUUUAUGUUUGCAUUUCAUGGAGAACUAUCUCAUGAUUAUGUAAACAAAAUUAGUGUGGCCGAAAAUGAUUUAAUAGAAUGGCUUGAGUGGUUUCAAAAAUCUGACUAUUUAAACAACACUAUGUUAUUAUUUAUGAGUGAUCAUGGCCAAAGAUUUGCUUCUAUACGUGAUACACAGCAAGGUAAAUUAGAGGAACGGAUGCCAUUUUUUUCAGUAAAUCUUCCUAAGUGGUUUGACAAAAAAUAUCCAAAAAUGGCUGCAAAUAUUAAAAAAAAUACUAAACGGUUAACAACACCAUUUGACAUUUAUGCAACAAUAAUGAAUGUGUUACAAAAAGAAGAAUAUAAAAAUAAUGUCAACAAACGUUCAAUUUCUCUAUUUAAUGAAAUACCAUUAAACAGAACAUGCAAAGAUGCAUAUAUUGAACCUCAUUGGUGUACUUGUCUUAAGUGGGAUCCAAUUGAUAUUAAUCAUCAUUUUGCUAUCGAAGCAGCAAAAUUUUUUAUAAAAUUUCUUAAUCGUUAUAACUUGGAAUUCACAAACCACUGUGCUACUAUAGAAUUAGAAAAAAUAGAGUGGGCUAAUAAGAUGGCUCCCAAUGAAGGGUUGUUGAAAUUUCACCAUUCAGCUGAUAAAGAUGGUUUUGUUCCAAUUAUGUCAAGUGAUACAAAAGUAACUCAAUUUUAUUUACAACUUAAGGUUAUUACUCGUCCAGCAUUUGCUAUAUUUGAAUUUUCCUGUCAGUAUGAUAAUAAUGCCAACCAGUUCAUUCUAUAUGAAAAAGAUAUAAGUCGAAUAAAUAAAUAUGGGAAUCAAAGUUGGUGUAUUGCUGAAUCUCAACCACAACUUAAUAAAUAUUGCUACUGUAAACAGCAACAUUAGCUUAUGUCUAUAAAAUGUUUUUUUAUAAUAUUUAUUUAUCAUUUACUCAUAUUUUGUUAUACAAAUUAAUAAUAUACAAUUACCAAUAAACAAGUACAACAGUAUAUGGUAUGUCAUAAGAUAAAUAUUGAGUAUUAAUUUAGUUAUACUUUAUAUAUAUAUAUUCAGACUAUUUAACACAACUUUGAAAUUUAUAAUUAUUUUUAUCAGCUUUUAAUAUUAAGUUUACAGAGAGUAGGGGUAAAGUUUCCUUUCAUAAUAACUAUUUAAAUUAAGUUGUUUACAAAUUUAGUAUUUUUAUUUAUUUUUCAUUUGUUGACUUGUCAAAAAUUUUUAUUUUUCUGGUAAGUAUAAAUUAAAUAAUUAUUUCAUGUCAGUACUAUCUAAAAUGGUUAAUCUUUGUAUUAUCCAUAGCCUUAUCUUACAUAAUUAUUCAUAUUUAAUAUAAAUUUUAAUUGUUUAAAUUAAUUUUAUAUUACUGAUAGUAAAAAUAUAAAUUUCAAUCUGAAUCUCUUUCUAUAAAAUGCAUUAUUUUGUUUUAUGUAUGUAUACUCAUAAAAUGUUUAUUCUUCUUCAACUUUGGUCUUCUACCUUUAUCCCACCUACUCAGGAUCACCUUACUUCUACAUGCACUUCAUCUGGUCGUACUGUUUUAUUCUUUUUCAUUGAUGCCACAACCCAUUAUAUUUUUUUUAUCAAUAACGAUUAUGUUGGUUUUUGAUGACGCAUCAAGUUUUUUUUAAAUCUUCAUAAAAUUGUCUAUUUAAUAGCUAUAAAUUUAAAACUGAAAGUUAAACCAAGAAUGAAUUUAUGUAAAAUGAUUAAAACAAUUUGUUUAUAAAUUAGUAAUAUUAAAAUUUAGAAGCCAAAAACAAUAGGGUAAAUUUGUCGCAGCAGUACCAAAUUUU